CCGGUUCAGUCCCGUCAGUGAUACACAUAAACACACACACACGCACGCUCACGCACGCACGCUGCUCUCACACUCUCCUCCACGCGUGGAAAGGUUCGGCAGACAGGAACUGUUUUUGGUGAGAGAGCAUGAAUUUGCCUUCAGGAGACCGACUCACACCUCCAACCACCCUGAUGAACCUUUGAAGGAAAACGGAGGAAGAUUUUAACGCAACAUCCUUCUUUGGCGCACUCACGGAGAGCGAUGCGGACACAGCUUCUUCUAUAAAGUGUCACAUGUGUGCAGAAACACUGCGCUGGCGCUGGAGAGCUUUUCUGCAGAGUCGUGUUUUACGCUCGGGGCUGUGAAGGCUGAUUCUAGGACGGAAACAGUCAGGCAACAACCGUGUGCGUCUGGCAGAAGAAGAAAACCCCUCCCGGAGACUCGGACUUGCCUCAGAGCGCAGUUUGACUCCUCAUGGUGAUGAGGAUGGUGAGAAGGAACGGUGCACAGACUGGCAGAGCAGGAGGAAGAGGGUUUAAAUCCUCCUCUGAGAUGUCCUGGCUGUUGCUCCUUCUCCUGGUGGAUGUCGGAGGGGCUCAAGUUGACGAUGACUUCAUCGGUCUCGGAGAGCUGCCAGAAACCUUCCCCUCGGACCCCCCGGAGCCCCUGCCGGUGUUUUUGAUGGAACCAGAGGAGGCCUACAUAGUCAAGAACAAGCCAGUUAACUUGUACUGCAAGGCCACGCCCGCUACACAGAUUUACUUCAAGUGUAACAGCGAGUGGGUUCAUCAAAAGGAGCACACGGUGGAGGAGAGGGUUGAUGAAAACUCUGGCCUGGUUGUGAGAGAGGCCAGCAUAGAGAUCACUCGGCAGCAGGUGGAGGAGUUGUUUGGGCCUGAGGACUUCUGGUGUCAGUGUGUGGCUUGGAGCUCCGCUGGAACCACCAAGAGCCGCAAAGCCCACGUCCGCAUCGCCUAUUUAAGGAAGACGUUUGAUCAGGAACCUCUCGGGAAGGAAGUGCUACUGGAGCAGGAAGUGUUGCUGCAGUGUCGCCCACCUGAAGGCAUCCCAGCGGCCGAGGUGGAGUGGUUAAAGAAUGAAGAUGUCAUAGAUCCUGCAGAUGACAGAAACUUCUACAUCACCAUCGAUCACAACCUGAUAAUCAAACAGGCCCGCCUCUCCGACACCGCCAACUACACCUGCGUGGCCAAGAACAUUGUAGCAAAAAGGCGUAGCACCACCGCCACUGUCAUCGUCUAUGUGAAUGGCGGAUGGUCGACGUGGACGGAGUGGUCUGUGUGUAACAGUCGUUGUGGCCGUGGUUACCAGAAACGCACGCGCAGCUGCACCAACCCAGCGCCGCUCAAUGGUGGAGCCAUCUGUGAAGGUCAAGGCAUCCAGAAGCUGCCGUGUAAUCCUCUCUGCCCAGUGGAUGGUCUGUGGACAGAGUGGAGUAAGUGGUCCACCUGUGGGACAGAGUGCACCCACUGGAGGAGGAGAGAAUGCAACGCCCCGGCACCCAAAAACGGGGGGAAGGACUGUGAGGGCAUGGUGCUCCAGUCAAAGAACUGCACCGAUGGGAUGUGCAUGCAGAGUUCACUGUAUCAGCAGUCUUCUGAAGCUAAAGUCCAGAGUGAUUUUGGAGACUCAUUGGCCCCCAGCACAGAUGACGUAGCUCUCUAUGUGGGUAUUGUCAUAGCCGUGAUCAUGUGCCUGGUUAUCUCCGUCGUCGUGGCGCUCUUCGUCUACAGGAAGAACCAUCGGGAUUUCAACUCCGACAUCAUCGACUCCUCCGCCCUGAAUGGAGGCUUCCAGCCAGUCAGCAUCAAAACCGCCCGCAAAGCUGAUCUUCUAACAGCGCCCCCUGACCUGACCUCAGCAGCUGCUAUGUACCGCGGUCCAGUCUACGCCCUCCAUGACGUGGCUGACAAAAUCCCCAUGACCAACUCCCCCCUGCUGGACCCUCUCCCCAACCUGAAGAUCAAGGUCUACAACUCCUCAGGAUUAGUCACGCCGCAGGAUGACCUGGGAGGGGAACUUUCCUCGAAGCUGUCACCCAAGCUGCCGCACUGCCUGCUGGACAACGGCGACAACACGAUGGGUCGCCGCACGCAGACGCUGCUUCGCACGAGGGAUCCAUCCUGCACCGCUCUCGGCUCCUUCAGCUCACAGGGGGGGCACCUUAUUGUUCCCAACUCAGGGGUCAGUCUGCUAAUUCCAGCAGGGGCCAUUCCCCAAGGCAGAGUCUAUGAGAUGUACGUGACUGUUCAGAGGAAGGACAACCUGAGGCCGUCUUUGGAUGAUGGCCAAACUGUGCUGAGCCCCGUGGUGAGCUGUGGCCCCCCUGGGGCCCUGCUGACUCGGCCCGUCAUCAUCACCAUGCACCACUGUGCAGUGUGCGACGGCCAGCAGGACUGGCUGAUCCAGCUCAGGAGUCAGUCGCAGCAGAACCAGUGGGAGGACGUGGUGGUGGUCGGGGAGGAGAAUUUCACCACACCAUGCUACAUCCAAAUGGACGAGGAGGCGUGUCACAUCCUGACAGAGACCCUGGGUACCUAUUGCCUCGUGGGCCAGUCUCUCAGCGCCUCCACCAUCAAGCGUCUCAAACUGGCCAUCUUUGGCCCUGUCACCUGCCCCGCCAUGGAGUACCACAUCAGAGUAUACUGCCUGGACGACACGCAGGACGCACUGAAGGAAGUUUUGCAGAUGGAGAAGCAGAUGGGUGGGAAAUUGUUGGACGAACCAAAGACCCUGAACUUUAAAGACAGCACCCACAAUCUGAGACUCUCUAUCCAUGACGUCCCCCACACGUUGUGGAAGAGCAAGCUUCUAGCCAAGUACCAGGAGCUCUCCUUUCAGCAGGUGUGGAGCGGUUCACAGAGGAACCUCCACUGCUGCUUUACUCUGGAGCGAUUCUCCACCAGCACGGUGGACCUGAGCUGUAAGAUCUGUGUGCGCCAAGUGGAAGGAGAAGGACAGAUUUUUCAAUUGGAUACAACCCUUUCAGAGGACUCCCAGAGUAUUGACACCUCUCUGUUGGACCCUGCCAGUAACAUCACCACGCUGGUUGGCCCAAAUGCGUUCCGGAUCCCCGUUUCUAUUCGACAGAAGCUGUGUGGCAGCCUGGAUGCGCCCCAGACCAGAGGCAACGACUGGAGGAUGCUAGCCCAUAAACUUAACCUUGACAGGUAUCUGAACUACUUUGCCACCAAAUCCAGUCCCACAGGAGUGAUCCUGGACCUGUGGGAGGCCCAACAUUUCCCUGAUGGCAACCUGAGCCGCCUCGCCCAGGUGCUGGAAGAGAUGGGGCGCCACGACAGCCUCGUUCCAGCUAUGGCGGAGCACUGACAUCCGUCCAGACACAGAAGGAGACGCGAGGGAAAAGAUCAGAAAGGAGAAAUGCAGGACAUUCAACUGGAUUCAACCUGAGUGACAAAUGCUCGUUCUCACCCAUAAAUGCUGCCUGAGUGAGUGUACGCUCAUAGGAGUGAGAAUAUAGAAGCAGCCAGGUCUACUCAGCCGUGACCCAGUUAAACGCUGGCAACAAAUGCUGUAAAAACACGGAGAGUAAACAAGAAUCUUUGCCAGUCACUUCUCUGGCUCCUGUCCACCUUCUGGUACAAGAUUUGGAUAUUUCUGGCUCUGGUUUCCUUGGAAACUGUCCGGUUACUCGGAUGGACCACACAGAUGUGGACGAUUCCCUCACAGCGACACAUGACGAGAGGUCAAAGGAUAAAAUAAAAAAAAGACCAUUCUUCAAAAAAAUCCAUCUCCAUAGCAACUCCACAGACAAGUAGUGUUCUUUAAUGACAUAUUUAAUAAUAUGCCUAUUUCUACACCUUUUUUUUUUCAUACUGCCUGUUAAAUGUGUCCGUUUUAGUUACGUUUUACUGUAUCAUAGCGCCAUCUGGUGGACUAAUGACUCCACCGGUCUGUUCUAUCAGUCCAGAAGGAAAUCCUUUUAUAUCAUUUAGUAAUAUUAAACAUUAUGUAUUUUUUGGUUAUUUAUGCUUCAUUUUAUUAAUUGUAGUCUUUAAAAUAUUCUUAAACUGCCUAAUUUCUACUUUGUCAUGUAUUCAUUUUGCUGUGUUUUUUUUUUGUUUUGACUCCUGAAUGGAGAAAUCAACAAAUUCCCUUUUCCACAACAAACCCAAACAAAUGAAGAUCCUUGGAUCAAACGAGUAUAUUUUUGUAGACCCAAUGCAACUGAAAAAAGCUGCUUUCUACCAAAUAAGUGACACAAAGUGUGAUGGUAAAUUAACAAAAUAAUUACAUUAUUUCAUGUUUUUAGUACUUUUACUGAGGAAGGCUGAAACUCUGAUGUUUGUAUAUGAGAUAGCAGAAGCCAUCAAUAUAACAGUGAUCAUGUGUAUAAUAAUUAGUGAUAAAUGCGACGUUCCUUUAAUGAGACAGCACUUGUGAAUGUUCAAGUGUUCUUUAUUGUUUGGAUGUUUGUUUUACUUCCCCCUGAUGACAUUUGUCCCUGUUUUUGUAAAGCAGUCUAUGCAAACUUUGCAUCUUUUGAAACAAUCUCUACAUUCUCUGCAUCGCCCUCCUCGUUCUCCAGCUUCACGAUUAUUGUGUACGGUGAGAAUGUAGCCCGUCCCGUUUCCAGCACGGACGGCGUUUCUUCUAAAUGCUUGCAUUUCAUCUGUCAGGUUAUUGUACAAAGUGUAAGAAAGAAUUUUUAAGACUGAUAAUAAAUUAUAUUUAUAUGCAACAUUAAAAAUAGAGCACGCUGGUUUGAA